AUGUUGGAAGGGCCGCCCCGGGCUUUUUGCCGAGGGAUCUAUAAAGUAGUCCCAGGAAGUAAGAACGAAACUGAAGAAGCAAUCGAAGAAGAGCUUGGGGCGAAACAGGUGUUCCCCUCCAUCCACCUCGCAACUGUGCACGAAGACGGCACAUGCCCCAUGACUGUUAUGCCUGCAGACCCCAAAGAACAUCGAGGCCACAUUCCAACAGAGCUGGUGGAAGCCAGCGGGGAGGAAGCGCAGGACAGACUGGGUGUGCAACAGAACCGCGCCGAAUGCACUCCUUUCUUCUCGUGCUCCAAGCAUGGCGCUUUUGUAGAAAGAUGUAGUACGUACAGGGUAGUGACUUGCAGUGACUUGCAUCGUCCGAGCUAA